AAUAUAAGGCGAUCAGAUACGACCUCGUUGCUUCCUAUUUCGUGUUUUGCAUUGCAUCAAUAUGACAAUGUGAUUGGAUUCUUCGCCGGGAACGUGGUUGUGAACAAAAUCGACGAGACGAUUGAUUCCGCAUUUCUCAAAGUAGCGGUGCGCGAUAUAAAUUUUACGUUGAGGAAGUCCUUAGCCAUAGGCUAUGCAACUAUCGACUUCUGUGAUUACAACAUGUACGAGUGGUGUGGAGACAGCAUAUUCGAGGACUCUGGUUACAAAAAUCUCACAGAGCAGUACAAGAAUUAUACUGUCCCAAUAUUCUUGGAAUAUGGAUGCAAUACGGUCAGGCCUCGCAAGUUCGGCGACAUCUCUGCCAUCUUUGGACCUGAGAUGGAAAAUGUCUGGUGUAGGAGUAUUGUCUACAUGUACUUUAAAAGUACCAGCAACUACGGGCUUGUCUCUGUCAGCACUCGGCCAGACUUCAGCUAUUACUCAAAGGCAGUUCAGACUGCGACUCCCAGCAGUAUCAACAGCGGCAGUUACACCCCCGCAAACUCUCCAUAUGUCUAUCCCACCGUCGAUAACAUGUGGUUGGCAAAGUCCAAUCCCUUACCACCAUAUCCGAACAAAGAACUGUGUUCCUGCAUGGUGGAUAGUCUUUCGUGUGUAGACAGUGUGCGGGAGCGACAAGAGCGCCUGAGAUCGCCUUUGGAUUCCAAGAAUGCAACCACGGGACAGUACAGUACCUACGAUGCCUGCGCCAGCAAGGACCAAUUCUCCUAUGUAUUCGACCGCUACUAUCAAGGCCAGAAGAAGGACCAGUCGGCGUGCUAUUUCAAGGGAGCGGCGUCAAUCCAGUCUUCCAAGGAUUCUUCCGGAAGUUGCAGGGCACUUCUCAACCAAGCCGGCACAGCUGGACCAAACCAGGUCGCAGGUCCAGAGGGACGGGUGCCAAUACGAUGCGCCCAGCUAUUCUGUUGCUCUGUUUUUGGGUGA